AUGGGGCCGAGGGCGUCCCUGAGCCGGCUCCGGGAGCUCUGUAACCACUGGCUGCGGCCGGCUCUGCACACCAAGAAGCAGAUCCUGGAGCUGCUGGUGCUCGAGCAGUUCCUGAGUGUGCUGCCCCCACACCUCCUGGCCCGGCUGCAGGGACAGCCGCUCAGGGAUGGUGAAGAGGUGGUACUGCUGCUAGAGGGUGUCCGGAGGGAGUCUAGCAACGUGGGGCCACUGGAUUUCAGUUUUAAUGCUGGCAAGAAUUGUCCCCAUGCAGACAGCACCUUGGAGGAACAGGGGGCCUCUUUCCAAGUCUCCAGCCACAGUCCCAAGAAGGAAGCGCCCUCAGAAGGGUCUCCAGCCCUGGAGCCAUCGCAGGCACUCCCACCGUCCCAGUCAGGACCCUCCAAGCCUGCUGAGAUGGGGGACUGGAGACGUUCCCUGAGUUCAAGGCAGCCACUGAGCCCAGGUCCCAAGAGGACUUUGCAGGCCCUGCAAGAGAGCGCCCUCCAGGGCCCCGAUCUGUGGCCGGAGGAGAACUCGGGAGACCAGGAGCUGGCAGCAGUGCUGGAGUCCCUGACCUUUGAAGACGUCCCAGCAAAGAAGGCUUGGCCUGUGCAUCCUCUGGGAACUGGAGGCAGAACCCUGGAAGAGGCGUUUAAGGCAGAAGAGCCGAAAGGGGUGUCUUGGCCCUCGACCGCCUCAGCAAACGCUCAGGCAGAGAGCCCCAGGGUGGCUGAAGAGCCCCACGCCCAGUCGCUAGGGUCUGGCCCCGAGACGAGCGGCCCCGGAGGAGAAAUGUCCCCUCCCGGCAGGAGUGACGUUCUCAAGGUCAAAGUAGCCGAAGGCGUCCCCAAGUCAGAGCCGGAGGUCAAGUUCAUCUGCACAGACUGUGGCGUCAGCUUCCCGCAGUUGGCCCGCCUGGAGGCGCACCAGCUGCACUCGCACCCGGGCGCGCGGUCCUUCCUGUGUCUGUGCUGCGGGAAGGGCUUCGGCCGCAGCUCCAUCCUCAAGCUGCACAUGCGCACGCACACGGACGAGCGGCCGCACACCUGCCACUUGUGCGGCCACCGCUUCCGCCAGAGCUCGCACCUGAACAAACACCUGCAGACGCACUCCUCCGAGCCCGCCUUCCUGUGCGCCGAGUGUGGCCAGGGCUUCCAGCGCCGCGCGCGCCUCACGCAGCACCUGCUGGCGCACGCCCAGGACCAGAAGGCCCCCGGCGGCGCCCCGGAGACCAAGCCGCCGGCACCCCCCGAGCUGACCGUGGUUCUGUGCUCCCACUGCGGCCAGACCUUCCAGCGCCGCUCCAGCCUCAAGCGCCACCUGCGGAUCCACGCCAAGGACAAGGGCCACCAGUGCUCCGAGUGCUCCGGCAGCCUGCGCCCCGGGCCCGAGCGCCGGCCCUAUGUGUGCAGCGAGUGCGGCAAGGCUUUCCGGCGCAGCGAGCACCUGGGGGCCCACUGGCGCGUGCACACGGGCGAGCGGCCCUUCUCUUGCCAGGUGUGCGGCCGCAGCUUCAGUCAGAGCUCCCAGCUGGUCUGUCACCAGCGGGUGCACACGGGCGAGAAGCCCUACGGAUGCCCCCACUGCGGGAAGCGCUUCAUGCGGCGCGCCGGCCUCGCCCGCCACCUCCUGACCCACGGCGGCCCGAGGCCCCACCACUGUGCCCAGUGUGGCAAGAGCUUCAGCCAGACCCAGGACCUCACCCGCCACCGGCGCAGCCACACCGGCGAGAAGCCCUGCCGCUGCAGUGAGUGCGGCGAGGGCUUCAGCCAGAGCGCCCACCUGGCCCGCCACCAGCGCAUCCACACCGGGGAGAAACCCCACGUCUGCGACACCUGCGGGCACCGCUUCCGGAACAGCUCCAACCUGGCCCGCCACCGCCGCAGCCACACGGGCGAGCGGCCCUACGGCUGCGAGCAGUGCGGCCGGAGCUUCCGGCGCAACGCCCACCUGCAGCGGCACCUGGCCACCCACGCCGGGGCGGGGGACGAGGCCGCAUCUGGGCCGGCGGAGCCCCCCCAGGAGUGCCCGGAGUGUGGCAAGGUCUUCAGCCGCAGCUGCAACCUGCUGCGGCACAUGCUGGUGCACACCGGGGCCCGGCCCUACUCGUGCGCACAGUGCGGCCGCAGCUUCAGCCGCAACUCCCACCUGCUGCGGCACCUGAGAACCCACGCCCGAGAGACUCUGUACUAG